AUGCCCGGGCUUCCUCCUCCCGCGCCGGGCCGUGGCUCCGGCGCGCUCAGCCCUGGCAUCCGGCGCUCUAAUUGGAAUAAUCCUCUCCGCUGGCUUCUCUCAAUUAAUGGGGCAGCCAACAGCGAGCGGCACGCCAGCCAGCUAAGACUUAAUAAAAGCCCCCGACAGCAGCGCCUGCCGGCUCGCCGCCCUACCUGCCCGCGCAGCACCGCUGUAAUCGAACGAGCCGGCAAUGGAUCUAAGGCCUGCCCUGUGGCACGUGUGCACCUCGGCCACGCGCGGCCGGCAGAGGUCGCUUCGCCAGCCGCCACCUCGCGGCCUCGCGUUCUUCAGCGUGUGACGUCACGAGGUGCCGCACAUGGGCCGCUGGUGAUGUCACCGCCGCGCGUUAUCGCCGCCAUGUUUUCCCCGCCGCCCGGCCGCGAUUUAGAGCUGUUUGUGGCGCCGCGUUGUCCCAGGCGCGAGGCAACUAAUGAGGCCUACGCUGCCGCCUCGCCACAGCGGCGCCGAGAUCUGGCGCUAGAGCGGCUGCGGGCUGGCGGCUUCAUAAAACACCCUCCGCCGCGCACUCACCUUACCCCGGCCCGCCCACAUACAGCGGCGCCGCCUCCGCCCCCGCCGCGGCGGCAGGAAAUUAGCCUGUUUGUCCCGCUGUCGUCUCCCGCUGUUGCACAAGGACGACAUGGCCCCCCGCCCCCGCUGCCGCUGGAAGGAGUCGGCAGCUCUUCUGAAACCGCAGCCGCGCGCCGACAAAUAAAUCAGCGACGCGUCGCGGUCCACCUGCGCUGCGGGGGCGUGGCGGCUGUGACGUCAAGGGCUGGCGGGGGUGGCAGGGCCCCACGUGACGCGGCGCAUGCGCACUGCGGCGGGGGCGGCAAGGCGCUGCUAGUUCCGGCGGCCGCCGAGAGUUGGUGGGUGGGUGUGUCGCGAACGCUGCCACAGGAAGGGAAGGUCGCCUGCCCCACUGUGGCGGAGCCGACAGGUGGCGCCGCGCGGCGGCCGGUGGCGGUACUACGAGAGGCGCCGCGGGGGUGUUGCGGGGGCGGGCUGGGCACCGCCUGCCGCAGUCCCUAG